AUGGGUAUCGGGAAAUAUUGGGGAUAUAGGCAAAAUAUCGGGAAUAUCGCACUUAUCGGGGAUAUAUCGUCGAUACAGGGGAAGAUAUGGCCUUACCCCCCAGUAUCGAUGUCGAUAGUUGAAAAUACCGAUAUAUCGGCAGAUAUAUCGGGCAACUUUGUUUGGCAAAGCUUUGACCACCCUACCGACACUUUGUUGGUGGGCCAAUCUCUAAAGGCAGGGGCAGUAAACAAGCUCGUGAGUCGGGCCUCCGAGACCGAAAACAAAGAUGGGGCUUAUAGCUUGGUGACGGAGCCCAAGGGAAUAUUUUUGUACUACAAGAGCAAGAACUCCCCAAAGCCUUUGCUCUACUCUCAAGUGAUUACUAUUGAUAAGGGCUCACUUGACCAUGCAACGUUGAAAUGUGCCCCGGACACAGAUGAAGGUUAUGCUUAUGACAUAACCCUAGAUUAUGAAGCGGCCGACUCUUCUUCUGGUGGAAGUCGCAUUCUAGCUAGACCUAAAUACAACGGCACGUUGACCCUCCUCAGGCUUGGAAUUGAUGGAAAUGUCAAGCUUUACACUUACAACGACCAUGUGGAUUGGCGUGCAUGGGAGGCGACCUUCGCUAUUUUCGACAGAGAUAAUUCAAUCUGGGAAACCGAGUGCCAGUUGUCGGAGCGAUGCGGGAACUUUGGCCUCUGCGAGGACAGCCAAUGUGUUGCUUGCCCAUCGUCAAAGGGAUUGUUGGGUUGGAGCAAGACUUGUGAGCCUGAGAAGCUGACUUCUUGCAAUCCAAAGAGCUUCCGCUACUACAAAGUUGAAGCGGUUGAUCAUUUUUUGAGCAAGUACACUAGGGGAGAUGCUACAAAGGAGGCUGAUUGUGGUAAGAAGUGUACUUCGGAUUGCAAGUGUUUGGGGUACUUUUACAACCAGGAUAGUUCAAGGUGUUGGAUAGCUUAUGAUUUGAAAACUUUGACCAAAGUUGCCAAUUCGAGUCAUGUGGCUUAUAUCAAGACGCCUAAUUACCUGUGUGGCAAGAGGUGCCCAGUGCACAAGUGCAUAGCUGGGCACUGUAAUUGUGAUUGUGCCAAUAAAAAGUCCACUGCUGAAGAAGUUCUCGCUGCUUUGGGUCUGGAAGGUGAAGCUGAAAAGCAAGAGGAACAAGUGGAGAUGAUUGAUGCAGCAUGUUAUUGCACAUAUUGGUGGCAGUGCAAGCACAUAUGCCCUCCUGGAUGCGACGCUAGAGUUUGUCAGGAAGCACAUAGCUGGUGUACUUGUAGCUGA